CGCCAUUUUAUCGAUAAAUCGAUAAAUAAAUAUGGCCGGCAAAGGCUGGAAUUACAUGUCAGGGGCUCCCGAAACCGAUGAGCAACAAAGACUUCGCUUCCAGAUCGAGUUAGAAUUUGUCCAGUGUCUCGGAAACCCCAAUUAUCUUAACUUCCUGGCUCAACGUGGUUAUUUUAAGGAUGGUACUUUUGUUAAUUAUUUGAAGUAUUUGCUUUAUUGGAAGGAGCCCGAAUAUGCCAAAUAUUUAAAAUAUCCAAUGUGUUUAUAUUUUUUGGAUUUGUUGCAAUAUGAACACUUUAGGAGGGAAUUGGUGAAUGCUCAGUGUUCGAAGUUUAUCGACGAUCAACAACUUUUACUGUGGCAACAUUAUACAAGGCGGAGAAGUCGCUUAUUAACUCCCACUAAUGUCAACGGAACCAAUGAACAAAAUAUCAACCAAAAUAGUCAAAGUAAUGGCCAUUUGAGCAAUAAAAUUAGUUAAGGCUUGGCAAAAUGUAGUUCAUUUAAGUGAAAUAAACAAUUUUUUUAA